UUUAAUUUUAAUUAAUUAAUAAAUCAAUAUGCAGGAUGCUCUAGUUACCAAAUCAAGACACUCAGCAGCACCAUUAACCCAACAACAACAAGAGCCUACACGUCAUAUUCGUGAACCUCUGUCACAAGAAGUGCAACAACCUGUAAUUAGAGGUCAUCAUUUGAAUGAGGUUUAUAAAAUUGUAUCGACGUGGCCUAACAAUGCGAAUGUGAAAGUAUCCAUUGAAAGACACAUAUUUGAUCUAGAUAUGUCAGGCUUGUACAUAUCGAAGGAAGACAUCUUGGACUUUAUUUUCAACAAAAAGAUUGGGCAAGGUAUCAUCACGUGCUACAUGAGGAUACUAUAUCAAUGGCUCGUACAACAUAAUCGCCAACAAUUGUUUCAAUUUGUUAAUCCGAAUGAAGUAGCCACUCGUUUUACAUCGCUUGAUGCACGUGUCUCUUCUUUGUAUAGACGUAUCAAAAAAAUGUCAAAUAAUCAGCAGUACAUGGUCACUCCUUGGAUUGAUGGUGAGCAUUGGAUGUUGAUAUUAUUAGUGCCCGACUCUUAUUGGUUAUGUUUCAUGGAUCCUAAAAACUCACACUUGAGUAAUCGACCUGAUAUUAGAGAGACGGUCACAUUGGCAUUUCAAACUUACUACAGGGCGAUAAGGAAAGAAAUUCCACCGAAGCUAAAAGUUCGACGCCCAACUUGUCCACAUCAACUGGAAGACACCGAAUGUGGAUAUUAUGUAAUGAAGAUGAUGAAAGAUUUAAUUCAAGCUUCGAACCGGAAACACUUUUUGGCCGAGUUAAGUGAUGCAAAUUAUACAGAAGAAGAAAUUGAUGAAGUGAAAGAGCAUUGGGCAAGUGAGAUGUUAUCGGUUAUUCAAGCUUACCGACGUUAGUUGUUUUUUGUUUUAAUAGACUAAUGGGCAAGUGGUAUGUUAUCGGUUAUUUAGUUGUUUUUUGUUUUAAUAUACCAAUAGUUAUUAUAUAAUUUUAUAGUUAUGGAUUUAUUGGUAUAAUAAACUAAUAUGUAAUAUUUAUUAGUUGUGUUAACGUGAAUUAUUAUAAUAGUCUAAUUUAUAUAAAUUUUACAUUUAGUCAAUUAAAAUUAUUAUUGUUAUAUUUAAUUGUAUUUGUAUAUAAUUAAUAUAAAUUAUUAUUUAU